CAGUGGUGGGGAGUGCAGAAGUUUGCCAUUAAGAAGAGAAUUCAUACUGAAUGGCAAGAAGCUCGGGGCACUGAGUUCAUUAAAGCUGAAGCACGGCUCGCCAGUUUUUAAAAUGUGCCAACUGUCCAGUACCCCAUCGUCGUCGUCAACUGCAACAACCAACGAGAUGAAAUACAACGUUGAUGAUAGCAAUAGUCUUUAUAGCACUAGAAAUGAUAACAUCAGUGGUAACAGUUGCAGUCGGAGAAGUUUCAAUUCGAGUAGUAGUAGUGGUUGUGGUGGCGGCGCUGGUGGCGGUGGUGGUUGCAGCAGCAGCAAUAGCAGUGGAAACAGUUUUAACAACAGUGGUUACAGCAGCAACAAUGUUUCAACUUUACGCAACAACAACAAUUCAGGUAACCAGAAAGGAAUUAAAAUAAUGAAGACAACUCCUACAAGCAGUAGCACCAGCUGCAACAACAUCUACACACAGAUGAAAAAAUUCAGCUGCCAACUGAACAGACCACACACAUCAUACAGUGAGGUUCAUGAUGAUAAACUAUCAAAAGCCCUUGCUUCUGUCAACAAAGACCUCUUCAACACAAAGAAGAUUAAAAGCGAAAAGGACCAAGAGAAAGAUCAAAACAAGCAGAACCUCGCUGAAAAAUUGAAUGAAUCACUAGAGCAUAAACAAAAAAUAAUAAAGUUGGAAUCUACGACGACGACAACAUCAACAUCGAAUAUUAACACUAAUCCUACUACAACCAAAGAACCAAACAAUGGCAAAGAAAACAAACCAUCAAUUAAAUCGUUAAACAGAUCUGCUUCGCUGUUUAAUCCACAUUUGAUACCAACUUCACCGCCGUUGAAGGCCAGAAGAUUGACACUCCCCAACGAUUUUGAGAAAAGAUUUAAAGCCACACCUAGCAUCUUGAAGAAAAAACAGAAUUUACUUUUUUCCAGGAAGUCACAGGGGCAUUUAUCCAUGUCUUCUGUUAAUUUCAGACAGUUCACUCCUUCUAAGUUCUUCAACAAUCCACUAUCAUCGACACCGAUUUCAAAGAGAGUGAGGAACAGGAAGACGUCAGCUCCACCUGUCGUGCACGUGGGAAGCAACCUGGCAUGCCCUCCUUGUAAGAAGCAAAUUUUCCUCGGCGAUGGUCCCAAAGACGACGAUGAUGUCCAGGUUCGUGUCGGUAGCAGUCGAGGGAUCGUUGUCUAUGAUGGGGGAGGAGGAGGAGGCGGGCAAAUAAAAGAGGAAGAUGAAGAAAAUGAAGAUUUUGGCACUCUGGAUGGAAAAACUCCUCAGGCUCCUCCCCCUCCCUCUGUAACUCCUCCUCCUCCGUUUGCUCCACCCCCUAUUGGUGCAGUUCCGAAAUCUCUGACCAAUGACCAUUUAGUCGUUCCUAAUUCGCUGGUCUUCUUCGAAACGCCGAGCAAGGCGUUGUAUGAAGAAGAUGACGUAUUCACGGCAGGCAACUCCACCAUCAGGAUGAACCUAUUCACUGAGAUGAACGGCGUGAGAAUGAACAACAACUCCACAACGAAGCACAGCAGCAACAACAUCGCAUCGGCCUCUCAACAACUGGUUGACAUCGAAAAUAUUGAGAACGAUGAUUUUGAAGUAGCGGAACACAUUGAGGCUGUUGAAGACGUCAGCGUCACCGUCAAUGAUGCAUUACCGACCGCCCCAACAUUAACGAGAAACAAACAAAGUUCUGCUAAUAUGGAUUGUAUAUCUAAGGCCUUCAUGAAGGUAGUGUGCUGUGACACCACCCACAAACAAUUUUUACUGAAACAAGCAAAAGAUUUAUUACCCCAGAAACCAGCAACAACAUCAACGACGACGACAUCAUCUUCAACAGUAGCAUCAAUUUAUAGAAUCUAAAUCUAUCCAUCUCUCUCUCUCUCUCUCUCUCUCUCACACACACACACACUUCAAUUGCAAUUCAUUUACAUUCAUCUUCAUCUUAUAUUUUUAUAAAUGCUUCUUAACUAAUAAUAAUUUAAUAUAACGCUAAUCUAUCAAAAAAUUAAAUAGACAUUUAUGUAUGUACGUAUGAUGUGUACAUAUAUAUAUAUAUAUAUAUAUAUAUAUAUACAUGCCAUUGCGUUACUAAAAGCGCGUUGUAUAGUAAUUAACAUAUAGUGCUGAAGGGUCAUUGUGUACUGUUAAAAAGUCAUAUACUUAUCAUUCAAUGGGUUUAUUUAGAUGAGCUUUAUUUUCGCUUUCUUCUCUCAUUUUAACAGUUGCCGAGUUUUAAUUGUGACUCGGCUGAUAUUUUUGUACGUGAGACGUACGUAAGAACGACACGUAUAAGUUCCUUUAAGCUAACUUGGCCCAUUGGAUAUGUCUAUAUGAAGUUGAUCACUUUGAGUUGGUUCGUGUAUGUCCUACGUUCAAACAAGGUAACGAUGGUGACAAGGCUGACGGUUCAAAAUUUUCAGGUGCGAUCACUAAGGAGGGUACCUACAUAGCCAUAGAAUAACCUACAUAGUCAGUUGAAGACUGGUCGUGCAACAGCCUCAGCAGCAGUACCGUCAAGAAUGUUAAUUUAGAUGAGCAUUAAUUAUGCUUUUAUUGUCUAUCUUAUUUUAACAGUUGUCGUGUUUUAACUGACUUGAAUGAUAUUUCUGUUCAUAUUUUAUCAUAGCGUCUUCGAGAUAGUAUUUUACUGGCGCUAAAUAAAUGCGUGUGUAUGUAUGUGUCUGCAUUAAAGCAUGCUUGUUAUGAACGUGUGCAACUGCACGAUAUUGAAACCGUUGAAAACAUUAUACUAAAGUUGUUAUAUAUUUAGACAACUAUUUUUAUAAAAGACUUACUAAUUGGUUAAUUGAUUGAUUAACUAAUUACUAUAUAGUUGGUUACUUUAUUACUGACUGGCUCCAUGUAUUCCAAUCAUGCUAAACUAAACAUUUAU